ACCCAAACUGCAUCGGGUUCCCGACCCGGAAACACUUGCAGCAAAGUUCUUCGAUAACAGAUGAAGAAUCCGAAUCCAAGCGGGCGACCCAUCCCUCAUUUUGUGUUUGUACUGCGGUUGCAACGACCCGUAGUUUCAGGGCACUCAUUCUUCGCUCAAUUUAAUACAUGGUUCGAUUUUUUGAAUUUUUGGGUUGGUUGUGUUACUCCAAAAUUUCAGGACCUGUUAUCUCCAUCUCUUUCAAGUUAUGGGUGAUCAGUUACAAUCGCAUAUAAUCUUUCUUUCGAUUUGAAGUGAAUGAGUUAUUACCGGUUGUUGUGACGAUUUCAGGAGUUGCUAACUAUUUCGGUUUUCUAGCUCCCACACCGACGGAAACAGAGUGGUGAAGCCUUCCACUCAUUGCGAUCUCCGCUGCAUGUAGUAGCCAUGGACAGUGGUCGUAAGCGCAUACCUUUAGGUGUUCUUUCUCCUUCGGCUGAUAGAAAUGCACAGCGGAGGCGAUCUUCCAAUGAUGUGCAGACAUGUGGUAAUGUGUCAUCUGCGAAUCGUGAGAAUUUGGAACCGAAUAAAGCAUAUGAAUCUCUGCCAGAAUCAAGUUUUCAGACUCCAGCACGUAAUGAUAAUGUACACCAGCAGCCAUCACACUCCACCCUGGGUUCAUGUACAGGUACACGGAAUUGUACUUCAUCUCAGGCUGCUAAAACAACAACAAUGGCUUACUGCCCUACCCAGAGUUCAGGUAAUCAGAUUCUUGGUGGCAAAACGCAGGGCUAUCUUACGCCAUCACAAAGAAGGCUACUUGGUGUUGAUCUGUCUGGUAAACAUUCUAUUAUAAGCAGGCAUUUUGAUUUUAGUACACAUUUGGAGAAGUCGCUGGAUAUCAACAGAUUGUUCUGCUUGAAAAGUGAAAUUCACUGGAUUUUAAGCAAGUGUUUCAGUUUGACAACCAGACGCCACUCUUCAUUAGACAGCUCAUUCAAAAAACUCUCACACCUUGCGUGGUAUUGAUCUGUCCGGUAAAUGAAGCUGUUGUACCCAACAGCUUCGAGCGAGAUAUCUUCUUUCAUAUGCUUUCUUAAUAAUUAUCUUUUGCAAAACUUUCUUAAUUCUUCACUUGGAGAGAGAAUAAAAAUGUUGUAGGCAGGCUGAGGAAAGGUAUUUGGUUUACCCCUCAAUCAUUUUGAUUUAUUAUAUUUGUAAAUUGCAGAUGCAUUUGUUCUUUUUGGGACUUUUUCUAUACACAGAUCAUAUGCAAACAUUAUAGUAUUUGCUAAUUGCUAAUUGCUAAUUUGCUAAUAUAACUAUAAUUUGUUAUUUCAUAGGUUACAUAAAGUCAGAUUCAAAAAGAAAAGACCUUUCUUCACCAGAAAGUUAUACGCAGGCUUGGGAAGCAUGGGGUCAGUGAUAAUUGUCACAACUGCAAUAUUAGUCCCAUUCAUGGACAAUGGGGACGUUAUUCACAGACUUAUCAUUGUUAUACGCACGAUGCACGAUGGUCAUGUUGCUGAUCAUGAGACAUCUACUGCACGUGAAAUGCCUUUUUAAAAAAAUUUCAAUUACAAUGUGGGUUCCUGUUUACCACUUGGUUCCUGUUUACCACUUGCUAUUCGGACUCUAGCCAGUCAUCUAAGUCAUGGAUCCAUACAUCAACCCGAGCACCAGAAGUUGAUAGGUGGUUGCUGAGAGAAACUGGUUUCAAUAAGGAUGAGAUGGUUAGCAGCCAUGUAUCUAAAUUUUUUGAAUACUCAUGAAGUUGGUGGGCAUGAAAAGUUGCAAAGUGCAUGUGGGAGUUGUUGUGAAGUGUCCAAAGCAAAGCAGGCUGGCUGAUCAAGGAUAACAAUAGUAAAGCAGGUCUUCAGGUCUUUAGUGAAAAUUGAGAGAAUUGUCUUUGUUUCUUUGCUCUGAUAGUAUGAUCUAAGAAGCAGAACCUGUGAUCUUUUAUUUACAUUGAAUUGUACUUUCAUAUUGGGAUUAAUUUAAUCUAAGGUGAUUAUAAAAAAAAUAAAUUCUUUGUGGCUGUUAA